UAGGGUGGUUGUUAUUGUGAUACCAAAUACUCAAGCUUUCAUUGAUAAUACGCGUUACCACAGUCACUUUGCAGUACACUACAGACAAAAUGUCGUCAAUUCCCAAAGCUCUCCAAGAGUCCGUAGAUAACUCCAAGUGCGAAUAUCGCACCCUCGGAAAAAGUGGCCUAACAAUCUCAGUACCCAUUUUUGGAUGCAUGUCCUUUGGAGACAAGCGAACUCUUCCUUGGUGUAUUGCCGAAGAUGAGGCACUCCCGCUCCUGAAAGCGGCCUACGACCGCGGUCUCAACACCUGGGACACUGCCAACGUCUACUCCAAUGGAGUCUCUGAGGAGAUCGUGGGCAAGGCACUCAAGAAGUACAACAUCCCGCGGGAGAAGGUUGUGAUCAUGACCAAGUGUCGCUGGGCCGUCGGGGAGCAACCAGAAGUCAGGCCUUUCUUCAUGCCCGAUGCGAUCGCCGCCUCCAAGGACUAUGUCAAUCAGUUUGGGCUGUCCAGGGCGGCCAUCUUCAACCAGGUCGAGGCCUCGCUGCGUCGCCUGGACACAAACUAUAUUGACCUGCUCCAGAUCCACCGCUGGGACCCAAAGACCCCCAUCGAGGAAACGAUGAAGGCGCUCAAUGAUCUGGUCGAGUCGGGUAAAGUGCGGUACAUUGGCGCUAGCUCAAUGUGGGCAACACAAUUCGCUCGGAUGCAAUUCUGCGCAGAGCGCAACGGUUGGGCCAAAUUUGUGAGCAUGCAGAACCACUACAACCUCCUCUACCGCGAGGAGGAGCGCGAGAUGAAUCGCUUCUGCGACGACACGGGCGUCGGGCUCAUCCCCUGGGCCCCGCUCUGCCGCGGACACCUGGCGCGACCGCCGUCCGAGUUCGGGUCCACGGAGCGGAGCAAGAUGGAGAAGGACCAGGACCAGAACCACACGGGUACGGUCGAGCCCGACCUGACCAUCAUCAAGCGCGUCAUGGAGACGGCCGAAAAGCGCGGUUGGAAGAUGAGCCAGGUGGCGCUGGCGUGGAUCAACGCCAAGGUCGCCAGCCCCAUCAUAGGGUUCAGCAGCGUCGAGCGUAUGGAUGAGGCGAUUGGCGCCAGGGGAAAGGUGCUCACCGAGGAGGAGACCAAGUAUCUGGAGGAGCUUUACACGGCCAAGAACAUCUCGGGGCACUCCUGAGUCUUUAAUUGUCUGUGUCAAACGAUUCAGAAGAUUUGUGGCAGCCAAAGUUCAGAAAGUCGUUUUCCUAACUGUACCGUAGGAGCCGCGAUUUAGGUGGCAUUUAGUCGGUGAUGACCAAUAAUUCAAGGUGUGUCAACUAUGCUCUGGAUAAAUAGAGUUCUGUGGACUUGAGUCGGCUAGACUCACAUUUAAACUUGG